AGUGACCUGUCACUAAGUUAUUUCUUCCAGCAUGGAGCGCUAUGAUCGCGGCGUUGUCUUGGGCGAGGGUACGUUCGGUAUCGUGUACGCCGCCGUACAGAGAAGCACAGGACGUCGAGUUGCCAUCAAGCAGUUCAAACGUGGCAAAUUCAAAGAUGGCGUGGACUUUACCGCUUUGCGUGAAGUGAAGCUGCAGGCGGAGCUCAAGCACGUGAAUGUUGUGGAGCUCCUCGAUGUGUUCGUCGCCAAUGACACCAUGAACGUCGUAUUUGAGCUGCUUCCCAGCAACUUGGAUGAUGUAAUCAAGGACAAGGCGGUGGUGCUCACAGCCGCCGACAUCAAGACGUACAUGCAGAUGCUGCUUAAGGGUAUCGCCUACUGUCACGAGCACUACGUGUUGCACCGCGAUCUCAAGCCUGAGAACUUGCUGAUCGGUCCCGACGGAAACGUCAAGAUUGGAGAUUUCGGUCUUGCUAGAGUCUAUGGUAGUCCCAACCGCAACAUGACCUCUAUGGUCUGCACUAUUUGGUAUCGUCCGCCGGAGCUGCUCUUCGGCGCGAGAGAAUACAGUGGAUCCGUGGAUAUGUGGGGCGCUGGCUGCAUCUUCGCUGAGCUCAUGUUGCGGACGCCGUAUCUUACGGGGCUAAACGAGCUGGAUCAGCUUGGAAAGAUCUUCCACGCUCUCGGUACACCGACGGAGGAGGAAUGGCCCGGUGUGUGCUCUCUGGCUAACUUUGUCGAGUUCACACCGAGUACAGCACCUCCGCUUGCCUCGAUCUUCUCGGCGGCGUCAGAAGACGCGCUGGAUCUGCUGUCCAAACUGCUGAGGUAUAAUCCAGCUGAGCGGAUCACAGCAGCGGAGGCACUGAAGCACCCGUACUUUAGCAACUCUCCAGCACCCACUCCAGUUGAGAAGCUGCCGUCUACACCAGCCCCACAACCAUGAGGUGCACGGAAAGAAUAACUUUAAGCAGAAAGUUGCUGGACGGAAUAGUAACAAUGAUACACGUUUUGACCACAACACAA